UCUUCUCUCCCUGUACUCAACCUAACGUCUGUCUCUCCUGCUCUCCACUUCUGUCCAUCUCUCCUUCAUCCCUCCCUUUCUCCUCCUCUAUGUGACAGUCUUUCGCCCUCCCUACUUCCCUCCUCCUCCCUCUCUCAGCAUCCUCCGGGAGGUAGAGGAAGCAGAAAGCAGAGGGAGUGCCCUGUGCUCCUUAUACCGCUAGGACCAAGAGGGAGGGGGGAUAGUCCAUUUGAUCGUCCGGUGCAGGGACCUCGAUACACGGCAAGCAUCUCCGUUUGGACAAUAUAUUUCCAUUGUUUGAUUUCCUCCCCUUGCUCUAUUUUUUUAUUCUGCCUUCUCCAUAUUUCUACGAUUUCAGCCAACACGUUGACCCUGUGGUUUUCCAUUUACAAUCUCGUUUUUCCUGGCUAUUUCCUCUCUCAUUGUCAGUACAUUAUUACAUCCCAUUCCUUUUUAUUCCUAUAAAACAUUUACCGCUGCUAUUUGUCUUUUUCCAUUGGUUUCUCGCUAUUUCAUCUUUUUCUAAUCUUCCAUCUUACCGUUUCGCUUUGCAUUUGCCAUUGUUAUCUAUUUCCCUCAUUUAUAUACCCAUCUUUUCUCCUCAUCACUCCCCCUCUUUCGUCUCUUCAUGUCCCGGUUAUAACCUUCCCUCCUCCCCUACACCCUCUGUCCAGGGAGGGGAGGUGAAACGAUGCAGAGGAAAGUGAAGCCCCCCUCGGGGGCGGUACCAGGGCGCUCAGCUGAACUCCGCGUGUUUCGUGGCCCUGCACCUACAGUACAUGAGUCACGCCUCCCUGGGGCCCCACUUCGGCGCCAGCGUUCGCUCACAAACCUUUCUGUGUUAACUGAUGCUGAGAAGAAGCUAAGACUUUGUGGCCCGGACUGGUGUGAUGAUUUGUCUACCGUGACCCCUGCUAGGAGCCAUACUACGGCACCUGCUUCCCCUGCCAUGUCCAGGGCACUGUCCCGUUCAGAACACUCCCUGCUUCAGCCAAAGACCCCAAGCCGCAUCCCCCGGGGUCCUUAUGCAGAAGUCAAACCUAUAAGCAAAGCACCAGAGACGACCCCCGGUGGUCCUGCAGGGGAGGAUUCUGGGAAGGAUCCAUCGGAUGAUAAGAAGACUUUCUUGAAGGUGGAUCCAGAGUUAGUAGUUACUGUACUGGGUGACCUGGAGCAGCUGCUUUUCAGCCAGAUGUUAGACCCUGAGACUCAGCGUAAGAGGACAGUCCAGAAUGUUUUGGAUCUGAGACAGAACCUUGAGGAGACAAUGUCAAGCUUGCGCGGUUCCCAGGUAACACACAGCUCACUGGACAUGCAAUGCUAUGACAGUGAUGAUGCCAACCCACGCAGUGUUUCCAGUAUGUCUAACCGCUCCUCCCCAGUUUCCUGGCGUUAUGGACAAGCCAGCCCUCGACUGCAAGCAGGGGAGGCUCCAUCUCUGGGUGGCUGUCGCUCAGAUGGAGGUGUUGGAGGUUGGCCAUUUUCUCACACGAUGCCUCUUCGUGCUGGUACACGAAUAUGCAGCAUCACCCAGCGUCUGGAGCUAAUGGAAGCAGGGGAUCGUGAUCUGAAGUCUGGGUAUGGGAGUGACAGUGACUGUCAACUGGGCAAGGAAACCUCUCAUGAAGACGAUGACAUCAUCACUAGCUGGGACGAGAGCAGUUCUAUCAGCAGUGGCCUGAGCGAUGCUUCCGGAAACCUCAGCUCCGAGGAGUGUAACGCAAGCUCCUCACUUACCUCCCUGCCAUCAACACCCACUGCAUCCCGACGGAGCUCUGCCAUUGCGCUUCGCACAGAUUCAGAGAAGCGUUCAUUGGCAGAAAGUGGGCUGAGUUGGCACAGUGAACCAGAAGAGAGAACACCACGCAAGAUGGAGUACGACAGUGGAAGUCUAAAAUCAGAUCAUGCGGCAUCCCGAUGGAGGAGAGAAAAGAGCGAUGACCUGCCUAAAUCUGAGACCAAAAAACCAGUCACCCUUGGGCAGCCACUGCGCAAAGGCAAAAAUCCACCAGUGGGCAUCACCUCUCCAAUUACCCAUUCUGGGCAGAUAACCAUGAAAGGAGGAGGAGGUAAAUCAGAACAAAAGGCAACAGACAAAACUAAAUUAACACUGAAGACAGGAGGACUUCAGCGAUCCUCUUCUGAUGCUGGUCGAGACCCUCGCUCGCCUGAGGCCAAGAAGCCCCCUUCAGGCAUUGCACGUCCAGCUUCCUCUUUUGGUUAUAAAAAGCCAGUCACUCCUUCCUCCCCACUUACUGGAGGCUCCGCCACGCUUGGUAAGACCCCAAAAUCCUCAGGGAUCCCAGUGAAGCCUGCACCAACGCCAACAGGAGGCAACAGAAAAACAAGCCUAGAUGUUUCAGGUAAUGCAGAGCCUGGCUUCCUGUCUCCUUCUGCUCGGACCAAUAUUCAAUACCGUAGCCUUCCUCGUCCAGCCAAAUCCAGUGCCAUGAGUGUGACAGGGAGCAGAGGUGUCAGUCGGCCUCUAAGUAGCAGCAUUGAUUCAACCUUGGUGCCUGUGCCAUGCAAGCCUGGGACUACUUCCACUUCACGUCUUAAGGAACCCUCCAAGGUAGGCCAUUGUCGGCCUGGUGUAAACCAAACUGACCGUGAGAAAGAGAAGGCUCGUGCCAAAGCUGUGGCCCAAGACACAGAGUGCAGAGUGAAUAAUACCAUUCAGGAAGAAGCACAAUUAAUAAAAGGAAAGGAGGGUACUCCAACUACCCCACACAGGGCUAUUGCAAAGCCAUUUAUGAAGACCCCCACCCUCUCCAAUCUGGAUAAAGUGAAUUCCAAUAGUCUAGACUUCACUCCCUCUGUGCCAGAAGUGCCCCCUAACAAACAGCUGGACCUGCCCACAACAGGCCCAUGCCUCACUCCCAGCCCAGCUCCUAUCCUAAACAUUAAUUCUGCCAGCUUUUCACAAGGGCUUGGGAGCUUUAGGAUGUACCCCAAGCUUUCUGGGCUUCACCGCAGUAUGGAGUCACUACCUCUCUCUAUCAGUGUCUCUCCUGCUCCGCCUGCAGGAGGGGGAGAGAAAAACAUACCAGAUACUGGCUGGAAGGAGACUACACCCAAGUCCCCUGUGACUGAGAGUUCCAUCCUAGAUCGAAACACUCUGCCAAAGAAGGGCUUGAGAUAUCAGUCACAUUCCCAAGAUGAACCCAAAGAGAGGCGUCACUCGCACACAAUUGGUGGAAUCCAAGAUGCUGAGGAUCUAUCUCCUCUACCACCCCCUCUGCCUCUCACCAAUGUGGGCAAACCCCCCUUGACAAGCUUGGUGAGUCCCUCCUCUGCUCCCCGUAUUGCUCGCUCAAGCAGUAUCCCAGCUCAGGAUUCUUCAUUUGAACUAUUUGGCUCCUCAAAUCUUGGCAGUUCCCUGUCGCUUGCCGAUCGCCCCAAGGGGACCAUGACACGAUCUGGCUCUUUCCGAGACCCUUCAGACGAUGUUCAUGGGUCCGUCCUGUCUUUGGCAUCCAGCGCAUCUUCCACAUACUCCUCUGCUGAGGAAAGGAUGCAGUCUGAGCAAAUUCGCAAACUGCGCAGGGAAUUGGAGUCAUCGCAAGAGAAAGUAGCUGCUCUUACUUCUCAACUGUCAGCCAAUUCCCUACAGGCAAACUUGGUAGCAGCUUUCGAGCAGUCUCUGGUGAACAUGACAUCCAGACUACGCCUACUGGCAGACUCUGCUCAAGAGAAGGACUCAGAGCUUGUAGAACUGAGAGAGACGAUCGAUUUACUAAAAUCCAAGAACUCUGAGGCUCAGGCCGUGAUCCAUGGGGCAUUAAAUCCACCAGACAUUGCACCACGGGAGUUGCGGAUCAGACGGCAGAAUUCCUCUGACAGCAUUUCCAGUCUCAACAGUAUCUCCAGCUACUGCAGUGCAGGCAGCAUCAAAGACAAUGACGGCAAGAAGAAAAAGAAGAAGAGCUGGCUGCGCAGCUCCUUUAACAAGGCAUUUAACAUGAAAAAGGGGCCUAAAUCAGCUUCAUCUUACUCUGACAUUGAGGAAAUGGCAACACCUGAUUCCUCUGCACCUACAUCCCCCAAACAACAGCAUGGUGUUCCAGCACCAACCUCCCCUUCCCUGCAUUCCUCCCCAUCCUCGUCAGUAAUCUUUGAGACACAAGAAGGUGAAGAACCAGAGAAGAGAGAGGUGUCUGAGCUGCGCUCAGAAUUAUGGGAGAAAGAAAUGAAACUGACAGACAUUCGUCUAGAAGCUCUAAACUCGGCUCAUCAAUUGGAGCAACUGCGGGAAACUAUGCAUAAUAUGCAGCUGGAGGUUGACCUCCUAAAGGCAGAAAACGAUCGUCUUAAGGUUGUACCACCUACGUCUGUACCUUCUACCACACCCUCAUCCUGCUCCUCCCCUCGUCGUUCCCUGGCACUAUCCCUCACACAAUCUCUGGGAAUUCCUUCAUCAACAGAAAAUGAUUUCUCUCCUAUGGAUGCGAUGAACGGGUCUCUACAGCGUGAGGUUUCUCUCCGAACUGUGAUUAGAGUACCGCCACAACACAUUAUUAAGGGGGAUGUGAAGCAGCAAGAGUUUCUUUUGGGCCAUGUAAGAAUCAGCUCCAAGGCUGACUGGAAGAGCCUGGAUGAUGCAGUGUGCCAAAUAUUCCAGGAUUAUGUAAAUCAAGUGGACCCUGGGUCUACGUUGGGGCUCGGCAAAGACUCUGUAAGUGGGUACAGCUUGGGUCAUGCGAAAAGGGUAUUGGACGCAGAAUUGCCUGAGACACCGCCAUCUCGAAAUCUGAGGACAGGAACGAACAUUACAGUACAGCUUAAAGGUCUAAAGGAGAGAUGUGUUGAUCUCCUAGUGUUUGAAUCUUUGAUCCCCAAGCCUAUGCUGCAGCAUUAUGUAAGUUUACUCCUCAAGCAUCGUCGGUUGCUGCUGUCUGGUCCUAGUGGGACAGGGAAGAGCUUCCUGGCACAUCGACUUGCUGAGUAUUUGGUUGAAAGGUCUGGUCGGGAGGUCACUGAAGGGAUUGUCACAGCAUUCAACAUGCAUCAACAAAGCUGCAAGGACCUUCAGCUUUAUUUGUCUAACCUGGCAAAUCAGAUUGACCGCGAAACUGGCACUUGUGAUGUCCCUUUAGUGAUCCUGCUGGACGAUGUUAGUGAGAGCGGUGCACUCAGUGAACUGGUGAAUGGGGCCCUAACGUGCAAGUACCACAAGUGCCCUUAUGUCAUUGGGACCACCAAUCAACCAGUGAAGAUGACUCCAAACCAUGGACUGCACUUAAGCUUCAGGAUGCUGACCUUCUCAAACAAUGUAGAACCAGCCAAUGGAUUUCUAGGACGAUAUCUGCGCAGGAAGCUGCUGGAAUCGGAAGGAAGUAUUGGAACGGGACAUGGAGAACUUUUGAAAGUAUUGGACUGGGUUCCUAGGCUCUGGUAUCAUCUGCACACGUUCUUGGAAAAACACAGUACCCCUGACUUUCUUAUAGGUCCCUGCUUCUUCUUGUCUUGUCCAGUUGAGAUUGAGGAUUUCCGUGUCUGGUUUAUUGAUCUCUGGAAUAAUUCUAUUAUCCCUUACCUCCAAGAGGGGGCCAAGGAUGGAAUCAAGGUUCAUGGCCUCAAGGCAGCAUGGGAGGACCCAGUGGAGUGGGUAAGGGAUACACUGCCCUGGCCCCUUGCUCAACAAGACCAAUCCAAGCUCUUGCAUUUACCCCAGCCCAGCAUAGGUACCCACAUAUCUGCAUCACCAUCAAGAGACCACAAUGUUAAGGAUUCCCCACCUGCAUCCCUGGAGACGGACCCAUUGAUGGCAAUGCUCCUGAAACUUCAAGAGGCAGCCAACUUUAUUGAGUCUCCAGACAGAGACACAAUUUGUGACAGUGAUCUAACCUCUACUAUCUAAAUGAUCCAGGUCUGGCAAGCUGCUAUCCUGCACACACUUGUUUUAACUUCGCACAGGCAGAAUCUGCCAUCAACACGGCCACACAGAAAGAGAAUGAAGGCCCCGGAGCCUCUUAAUCAAAGCACCAAGGACAAACUUGGCUUUCCUUGUUAACAUCCUUAAUUGUUCAACAUCACCUUCAUUUUGGAAUUGGGAGAAGGGGAACGCAAAAUACUUCUCCCCUUUUGGCUGAUGCGCAGAACUGGCUUGGGGGAAUGGUCAAUGUUAUUUCCCCCCCCUUCCUUUGUUUUUACACACGAGUAUGACCUGAUUACUUUUUUGGAUCUCACGUCUAGCCCCCUAAGGAAUAUCUGCAUGAGAGGGUCUCUUUGUUAAGGAUAUAAAAGACAAGAGAGUUGUUAAAAAAUAGUGGACAUGAUAAUUUGGUGGGAGGGUCACAGGGCGGGAUGGGAAUUGUUUAUGACUGUUAUUAGAAUAACUGUACUUCCUAAACAUGGCUCAGUGGCUAAUGGAACUGCAACAGAGAUCACAUGCUAUUGUGGUUGUCAUCAUAAUUUACUGGUGAAAUGGCAGGCAUCAACAUUAAUAUAAGAAAAGUUAAAGGUGCAUCUACUACCAGUGCCUCCCUCCGUUCAUACCCAUGGCACUGUGUGCACUUGUAUUGCCAUGAUUACAUCUCUUAUUUUGAUGGCCGUGGGUAUGGCAUAUAUCCCUCAACAGUGGCGUCAUGCUGGGCUCCAUCAUUGCUGAACCUUUUGACAUGCAUGAUGCCAACCACUGUAUUCGGGACAUUCCCACCAUGCAGUCAUUAUGGAAUCUCUGAGGAACUGUUGGUUAGCCUUAUGUACUAGGUUUUAUUUAGGGGAUGUUUUUAUCUAAUUUGGUGCCGCUGGGAGCGGGAAACAGCAAACAGAGCAUUAAUAAUAACUCGCAGCAUUCAGAUAAAGCAAUAUAAACAUGGUAAAGGAAUAACUCAGUAUAAGUGUUUGUUAGUAGAGCAAUUUACAAGUAAAAAAUAGCUUUUUCACUUAGUGGUUAAAGAACAGCACUUUGUUUUCAAGUAAGUGACAAAGGUGGCUUGAUGCAUGAAUAGGGCACACUGUGAGAAUCAGAGAAGGGGCACUCAGCCCUUCAGGUUAGUGACUUGAUGUAUUAACUAAUGCUCUACACGUGCCUCUAAAUAGAAAAAAAAAGAUAAUAGUUCAGGCUUGGACUUAAGUCUUUUUGUUUUGCUUAUAUAAACAAUGCCUCCAAUAGCAUAUAAUACGUUCUUAUUAAUGCUCUGGGACUUGUGCUGCAUUUUACUUUAUUAUGAUCCUUGUUAUGUAGGAGGUAAAUGUUCCUGUAAACGCACAGAAAGGAGGAGAAGGUGCUUAAUGGCUAUGCACUUUCUCUAAAGUGUUGGGGGCAUACACCAGCCCCUGGGACCUUGGUGCUGAAAUCUGGUGCUCACUUCUGGGUGGCAGCGGAAAGGGAUUUCUGCACAGCUUGUUCCAGAGGGCAGAAUAUUACAACGCACAGAUCCUCUUUUCUUCUCUAGCCUUGUAAAAAAAGGGGUUACCUACUUCCUGGGUGCUCAAUGCAUGCUCAGUGUGGUUAUAACCCUAUCAGAGAUCAGUAAAACAAUGUGGAGCAGUGUCCCAUAAUUUCUAGGAAAUGGACUCGUUUAGGCUUUCUGAAUCUAGAUAAAUAUUUCCAGUUUUUGAUUAUAUUAAGACAAAUAUCAAAAUGGACCUAAGAGACAAAUAAUAAACUGCUCUAUAUUGCUGAUCUACUCAUAUCAUUUUGAAGGGUCCAGUAGUUUGUGGUUAAUGCUGUUUUAGUCUCUCUUCUAUUAGUUGUACCCCAGUGAGCAAACAGGACAGGGUGCUAUGUGUUGAAAAAUAAUCUCCUCUAGUGAUACAGAGCACUUUAUUUUUUAACUUUUAUGUCCUUUUAAAGCAAAAUGAAUAGGUAUGGUCAUGUAUUGUCUCCCUGGCUACAUGUCUGCUCCCCACCCAAGCUGGAUUAUAGGCCUAGAUGAAAGCCAAUGAUUUAAAAGCAGAGUCAUCCUUUAAGGACCCUAUUGAGUCAUACAUUGUUUUGGUAUUUGACAUCCCAUUGCUCCAGUGUUCAUAAACAUUGGUUAGUUUUUCUUUUUUUUUUCUUUAUACCAACCUGUAUGUCUGCAUAGCUAUGUUUGUCUGUGCCAACCCAUGCGAGCCUAAAGAACAAUGCAUUUCUGCAUUAGUAGCCUGUUCAUUGUUUUAUGAGGGCUGUCCAACUGUAGUCCUUCAGAGCCAGUAAUUUACAGAUAAAAGAAAUUGUACAUUAAAAUGACUGGGGUACUUGUGACCCACCUGUGUUUAAGCAGGGUCUGCAAAGGGCUAGAUUCUGUUUCAGCUGUAAGCUUCUUGACUGAUAACAAAAAAAACUAAUUGUCAUUAAAGUUUACAAAUGCAAUAGGAUAUACCAUAAAUAAUGCAGUUGAACAACCCUGUUGUGAAUGCAAAGAGCCACAUUAUGAUACUACCCCCUUUCAUACUUUAGAUGUGAAAAAGAAUGAAUCAUUCCAUGUGCCUCCAUUUCUCUCUUACUUUGGGGCCUGGUUUAGGGUUAUUUGAAUCUAGUAAUAUAAAGAUAUAUUUAAAGUUGGGAAAUUACAUUUUGCAAAUCAAUGAUAUUGUGUCUGGUAGCGGAGCAUAGACUUAACUGUUCUUAAAAUAUUUUAUAGUGAUCAGUAUGUGCAAAACAGUUGCACCUCUCUUACAUUAGCACCUUAUUUAAUUUAUAAGACUGUUCUUAUUUUAAGAACCAAAUUUAUUUUGCUCCUCUCUGAACCAGACAAUAUAUAUUAUUGCAAAUUAUUUUUUCAAGCAGAAAAACCAUAGCAGAUUAACACUGGGUUUAUGUACCCCACAAACCAGAACUUAAAAUUGUAAAUGCUCUAGAGACUAUCAUAUUGAAAUAUUGCUUAAUAUAACUUUUUAAUCUCUUCUUCAUUAAAUGAAUGGUUUUAAAAUUGUACAGCGCCACUUCUUACAUUUCUGUAAAUUAUUUUUAUUCUUGUUCCUUGCAAACUUUGUAUCAUGUAAUUCUAAACUGAUGGCAAAACGCUAAAUUGGCCCCUUGGUUAUUGUCUUCUUGUGUUUCCCACAUUCUACAUCCAUCAAUCAUUUUUCCCCCCACAUUUUUGCUUUCUCCAUUUAACCCCGUGUCAGGAAGGAAAAUGUGAUUGUCCAAAAUUCCAUAUAUGCAAAUCUCCCAUCUGAUGGGUGGGAAGGACACGGUAAUACAGUAAUGAAAAUUCAGCAAAAAAAGGCAGAUCUCUCACAGGUUUCUGUACAAAUUUGUAUAACUCAUGAGUCUGAUCACAUAAAUAUGAAAUACAGCUUAUGGAAUAAUUUAUUGGGAGUGGUUAUAUGGGAUUUAGUAAUUCUGUAAAUAUAAAGGCUUGAAGGUCAGGUAAAGUCAAAAUGAAAAUGUCAUAAUACAAAUAAAACACACAAUUUUAAACAACUUUCCAAUUUACUUCUAUUAUAUAAUCUGCUUUGUUCUUUUUGUAUCCUUUGUUGAAAAGCAUGCAUAGGUAGGCUCAGGAGCAUCAAUGCAGUAUUGGGAGCUAGCUGCUGAUUGUUGGCUACCAUGUAUGCCUCUUGACUGGCUGAUCCAAUGUGUUCAGCUAUAUUCCAGUACUACAUUGCUGCUCCUUCAACAAAGGAUAAGAGAAUGAAGCAAAUUUGAUAAUAGAAGUACAUUGGAAAGUUGUUAAAAUUAUAUUGUGUAUCUGAAUCAUGAAAUAAAAAAAUAUUGUUUCAUGUCCCUCUAAGUAUCGAGUUAUACUGUACCUCAAGUGGUGAUACAAAUAUAAAGACAUAUAUAUGUCUUACCCCUUUAUGCUACCUAUAGAAAAAUGUAAAAAUCCUAUAAUAGGGGGAUAAUCCAUUUUUUGCUGAAUUAAAGAUAUUUAAUGGAUGUAGAUACCAUUUUAUUUGACCAGGGCUCAGAGCACUUCUGCAGUUGCUGUGGGAGAACCUUCAUGUUUUUGGUGUCGUAGAGUCCAGUCAUACAUUGUUUACCUGGUCUCUGGCAACAAAAGAAUUCACAUGGUGCUGAACACACAACCACUACAACAUCAGUGGCCUUGUCUGGGGGGGUGAUGGCCUCCCCCAAAGCAUCCUUCUCCCCUUCUCUGUAUAAGAUCCUUCCCCUUUUGCCAUUCUCUGUGAUCCGUCACCGGGUCCCCUAUGUCUGUAUGUCAGGGUGUGGGGGGAGGGGAGAGUCUGGUGACAUGUAGCACGUUGCCAUUUUUUUUUAGAUGUAUUUAUAAAGUUGUACUGUGGAUAACAUCCCCUCCA